AUGUCUGUCUUGUCUGUUUCUGUCUGUGCAUCUGUUUUGUCUGUUCCUGUCUGCACAUCUGUUCUGUCUAUUUCUGUUUGCAUGUCUGUCUUGUCUUUUUCUGUCUGCACAUCUAUCUCAUCUAUUUCUGUCUGCACAUCUGUCUCAUCUGUUUCUGUGCAUCUGUCUCAUCUGUUUGUGUCUAUCUUUAUCUUUGCCAGACACCCCCAAAUAUCUAUCAAUCAUUUUCAACAAAUAUUAUACUCCACAGGUUGCCUUCAUCUACCCUAUCACAAAUCUCCAUUAAAUACAUCUCUUAUCACUUUUUUCUUAUUAAAGAAAGAAAAAAAACAAGUGAUUCCUCCUUCUCUUUCUUUUUCUCACACACUUUGCUUUUUUUUUAAUAUACUUCUCCUCCUACUCCCACUUUUCCCUUUAUUCUUCUCAUCAUCUCCCACUACUACUUUGCUGUUCCUGUAG